AAGCAAGAUGGAGGGGCGGGGCUAGUGAGCGCCGGGCGGCUGCCGAUAAUUGCCGGGUGGAAGAUGCCAUACUUUGCUGUGCCUGUUUCGUGGUGGUCUUGACAUGCAAGCUCUUCUCAGACGUAUUGCAUGAGGCUUGCUAGCCACUAUGUCCACCAGGAGGCUGCGCAGCGAGGACUACAACGACUACAGCUCCACAGAGGCUACGCCUGACGGGAGCUCCCCCGAAGGCAUAAACAGCUUUGCCGCUCCUUCAGCCUACCAGCGGUUCGGGGAGAGCAAUGGGACAACAUGGUUUCAAACCUUGAUCCACCUGGUGAAAGGGAAUAUUGGCACUGGCCUGCUGGGACUGCCCCUGGCUGUGAAAAACGCUGGCAUCGUGCUGGGCCCACUCAGUUUGCUGGUGAUGGGAAUUGCCGCAGUGCACUGUAUGGGCAUCCUGGUUAAAUGCGCUCACCGCUUCUGCAACAAAUAUCAAAGGCCUUUUGUGGACUAUGGAGAUGCUGUGAUGUACGGGCUGGAAGCCAGCCCUAGUGCCUGGCUUCGGACCCACGCCAUCUGGGGAAGGUACAUAGUGGGAUUUUUCUUGAUUCUCACCCAGCUGGGGUUCUGCUGUGUGUAUUUUGUAUUUCUGGCUGACAAUCUGAAACAGGUGAUCUCUGCAGCAAAUGGCACCACCAAUGACUGCCAUUCCAACAAAACCACGGCACUGACUCCCACCAUGGACUCCCGGUUGUUCAUCCUCUCCUUGCUGCCGUUCCUGGUGCUGCUCGUGUACAUACAGAAUCUCAAGUUCCUGUCCAUCUUCUCCAUGCUGGCCAACCUCGCCAUGCUGUGCAGUCUCCUCAUGAUAAACUGGUAUAUCAUCACGGGCAUUCCGGAUCCCAGCAACCUGCCUCUCGUAGCAGGCUGGAAGACCUACCCUCUGUUUUUUGGCACGGCUAUCUUUGCUUUUGAAGGUAUCGGCAUGGUGCUCCCCCUGGAAAACAAAAUGAAGAAUCCUCGACACUUCCUAGUGGUCCUGUAUGUGGGAAUGGCCAUAGUCACCAUCUUGUACAUCAGCCUGGGGACCUUGGGUUACCUGCGAUUUGGAGCCAGCAUCCAGGCCAGCAUUACUCUCAACCUGCCUGACUGCUGGCUGUACCAAUCUGUCAAGCUGCUAUACUCCAUUGGGAUCUUCUUCACCUACGCGCUGCAGUUCUACGUCCCUGCUGAAAUCAUUGUGCCCGGGGCUGUUUCCCAGGUGCCGGAGCGCUGGGCGCUGUGGGUCAACCUGCUCCUCAGGACAUGCCUCGUCUGCGUGACAUGUACGGCAUGCCUUCUAGUGGGCUGGCUCCUGCUACCUACCAUGCAGAAAGAUGUCACCUCAUUGAGGAAAGCACCGUAAUGUGCCAGAACCCUGGUGCCUACUCUACUUCUUCCAGCAGGUGGAGUGAGUUGUAGCUACUUGCUCCAAACCUCCCAACCGUAAUAGCCAUAUUCCUCUGUGCCUCAGAUCAGUGUGAUGAGACAACUUGAAGUCCAGUGCUCCUGGUCUUUCCAGGGAGACUUGCAGUAGACCAGGGAAGACAGGACUUGACACCAAGCCCUGGGCUACACUACAGACGUAUGUUGGUAUAAGUGUAUUGUUCAUGGGUGUGGAAAAUCCACACCCCUGUGUGAUGCAUUUAUACCGACUGAACUCCUGGUGUAGACCGUGCGAUGUCAACGGGAGGGCUUCUCCUGUCACCAUGGCUACCAUCUCUCGGAGAGGUGGAGUACCUACGCCAAUGGGAAAAGCUCUCCUGUCCGCAAAGAUAGCCCCUUUACUAAGUGCUGCCGCAGCUCGGUGCUGUAAGGGAUAGACAAACCCUCAGGCUACUUGCCCGCCCCUUUUUCUUGUGCUCCAAAGACAGGCAAGAGCACACACCGGACUUGUUUUCUCCUCAGGUCACCUUUACAGUGGAAAGGGGUAGGAUGAGCGCUGCGUCCAGUUGGUCUCUUGCUGCUGUAACCUUACUCGGAGUCUGACUACAGCACAUGCUAAAGAAGGUCCUGUGCUGUCUAAGCACAGUGGGGCCACGGAAGGACAAGUUGGCCUUAACUCAGGAGUUGCUGCCUGUGUUGACACAUUGUAUUUAAUUCCAGCAAAACUCGUUAGAACAGAUUUCUGUUGCAGCCCCUCUGCCUCCCUGCACUUUCUCCGUGGCCAGUCCUUAGCUAAGCAGCCAGGCUUGCCCAUGCUGUGGAAUUAGAUGGCUGUUACUUUUUAAGGCCCUGAUCUUCUGACAUGACUAGAAAGCUCUGUCAGAGGCGCUAACCUGAGCAAGCCGCCUUCAGUGGCGGCUCUGUACUUAACUUUGAGUGUCACGGGGCAGCGUAGCAACUGCACUAGAUGCAGACUCCCACGCUGUCAGAACCCUUGGUUCCCGUGGCUGUACUAGAGCUGCCAUCUUACCCUGCUGCCCCCAGACCUCACGCUGCAGCUGUAUUGGCAGAAUGACCCUUGGUGUUGGGGGCUCUGUGAUGCAAGCGUAACAGAGCCACGUUUCUUUCCAAGCACGUUUCUUGUUCCGUUGCACAAGAGAUCCAUUUUCUGGUGACCCAUAUUGAAAUAAAUAAGCUCUGGGUGCAGAAAUGCAAUGUUUUGUUUUUUCUAUAUCCUGGGCUCGAGGAGUUGGAUCUCCCCACCUCCCCUGAGUGUGUAGCAGACAGUAUUUUUUGACAGACCGUGUUUUCAAAGCAGUCAACCGAUUUUCCUUUUCUCUGUGGUGAUUAUGCUUUGAAGUGCCCUACUUUCAUUGCCGAGAAUCUUUGUUUGUUGUACAGCAUCCAGUUACCUGCCUGCCUUAGGGCUUUUCAGUUACACAACAUCGUAACAGUGCCAUUGAGCACUAGAGAUGAAGCGGGCUGGAGAGCUACCCACCUUCUUUUUUUCCUUUCCUAAUAAGUUGGCUGUCUGAGGCUUUGGCCCUUACAGCAAUUUUUUUAAUUGAUUUAUUUUACUGAACGACUGUCUGUGGUACUUAUCUGGCCCCACUACUGUAGUGUUGGAGUGCUUCAGUCUUCAAGGCACUAAUCUUCACAACAGUCCUGUGAGGUAGGGAAGUAGUGGUAUUGCCAUUUUACAGAUGGGAAGCGGAGGCAGUAUAAAGCUAAGUGACUUGCCCAAGGUCACACAGGACCUCUGUGGCGGAGCAGAGGAUUGUACUCAGCUCUCUAGUAUCCCAGGCUAGUGCCCUAACCACUGGGCCGUCUCUCUUCGGUGUUGUAGGUUCAUCAUUCCGCUUAGGAUUACAAAAAAGGAAGCUGCAUACACCCAGGCUAAUGUGGCUGGCAGGUGAGAGAAUAUCUCCCAACUAGCUUGGAGUUUCUCUCUUCAUUUCUGUGUAGCAGAGCAUGUGUCAUACCCAGGGCCCAAUAUGCAACUUCAGUAAUGGAAAUCAUUAGGGGCAGUUAAACCAGGGUAAGUGUUUUCUGUAAGUGUUGAAGCCAGGGGUGGGGGUGGGGGUUGAAACUAUCCAUGGAAUCUUGUGGGUUUUCACUAAAUAAAACUA